AUGUCCUCCUGGGAGCAUUUUGGGGAAAUAGCCAACGUGGCCCAGCUCACUGGGAUCGAUGCCGUGAAGCUGAUAGGGAUGAUAGUACAGGCCGCGAGCACGGCCCGUAUGCACAAAGAGAACUGCCGGCAAUUUGCACAGCACCUGAAACUGAUCGGGAACCUGCUGGAGCCGCUCAGAGUUUCCGAGCUCCGGAUGUAUCCAGAAACUCGGGAGCCGCUUGAGCUGCUGGAGGAUGCACUGAGGAGGUCAUACGUACUGGUCAACAGUUGUCGUGACAGGAGCUACUUGUACCUGCUUGCAAUGGGCUGGAAUAUUGUUUACCAGUUCAGAAAGGCUCAGAGUGAGAUUGACCGUUAUUUGAAGAUCAUACCUCUCAUUGCUCUCGUUAAUAGUGCUCGUGUUCAGGAAAGACUCGAAUUGAUUGAAAGGGACCAACAAGAAUACACAUUGAAUGAUGAGGAUCAAGAGGUGCUAGACGUUAUCCUCAGACGUGAGCCCUUGCAACACGACACGAUUGUUCUGCAGAAAACCCUUUGCUGUUCAUAUCCGGACAUGCCUAUUAAGGAGGCUGCCAAAAAGGAAAAUGAGAAGCUUCAAGUGGAACUGCAAUACUCGCAGUCCAAUAUAGAUGUCGGCCAGAGUGAAGUGAUUAGAUAUCUGCUUGAAGUUAUGGAAACUUUUGCAGAAGCUCCUUUCCCUGAGGACAGUUCGAUUGUGAAACAACCCAAGGCGGAAUAUGAUAAAAACAGCCCACAAAAUGCUGAAAAGCAAGCAGCUUCAGGGGAGGGCUAUUUGAUGAUUUUCUCGCUCACCUCAUGUGCUGUUGUUGUGCCCUUGUCCAAGAAUGGCGAGAAAUCGAGGCUCGUCAGUUUAAAGGCCGUCACGUGA